AUGACACAUGGUUUCAACUGCGUCAAGGAAAUGCUGUUGCCAGAGAUUGCGGAGCGGUUCCAGUCGUCGGGCUAUAACGCGCUCAUAUAUGACCCGCGAAGCAUUGGAGACAGCGACGGGCUGCCCAGGAACUACAUAAACCCGCUGCAACAGGCCGAGGACCUCUCAGACGUCCUGACACACGUGGCGACGUUUCCGAGUGUCGACGCCAACCGCAUCGUGCUCUGGGGCAUGUCCUUUGGCGCGACGGUGAGCGCCUGCUCGGCGGCAGUGGACCGGCGUGCACGGGCGGUUGUCAUGGUGUGUCCGAUAUUCAGCUUCGUGCAGCCGUCGAAGCGGGAGCGGGCCUUUGCGCAGCUGAUCCGCGACCGGGAGUCGCAGCUGCGCGGCAACGAGGCCGUCUCGCUGCCGCCCUUUAACAGCCGGGGCGAGAACCCCAUCGGCAUGGCCGGGUCGGGGGGGCCCGGCGGGCUCGAGGCCUACGAGUUUAUGCGCGCCGUCGUCGACCGCGGGGCCCCGGGCUUCCGCGACCGCGUCACGCUGCAGACGUACCGCAACCUGGCCGUCUUCCGCCCCGUGGAGCUGCUGGACAUGGUGCGGGCGCCCGUCAUGAUGGUCGUGCCGGAGCUGGAUGAUAUUUCGCCGGCCCAGGAACAGGAGGAGGCCUUUGAGCGGUUUGGGAAGCAGCAGCCCAAGACGACGCUGUAUCGUGCCGCAGGCAAGGGCCAUCUGACGGUGCUCAGUGGGGAAGGAUCUGAGGAAAUCCUGGAUGCCCAGGUGGACUUUAUCAAGGAGGCAUUAGAGGAAUGA